AUGACUAGGGAUCAGCCUAAAGAAUGGUGUAAUUAUCUCCCUAUGGAAAAAUGGUGGUAUAAUACUCAUUUCCAUUCUUCUGCUGGCAUGACUCCAUAUGAAGUUUUAUAUUGUCAGGCUCCCCCAAUUCAUUUGCCCUAUCUCCCUGAUGAAUCAGCUAAUGAGUUAGUUGAUAGAAGCAUGCAGAAGAGAGAAAUGAUACUAAAGGUUCUUAAGGAAAAUUUGACUAAGGCACAACAUAAAGAAGUUUCUGCUAUAAUUGGAAAGGUGGCAUAUAAGGUGCAGUUGCUUAGUUCAACAAGAAUUCACAAUGUUUUUCAUGCAUCUCAGCUAAAUCCUUUACGUGGAACUCUGCGAGCAACAGCUGUCCAGCCAACUAAAUUGAAUCAGGAGGCUCCUAUUCCAUCUUCUCCUACUUGUAUCUUGGAAUCAAGGUCAAUUCCUGUCUCUGGCUUGAGGACAAGCCUCUUAAAGGGGGAGGAUAUGUUACAGUAUGAAGAGUAUUAA